CCCUAGAGUUUCAGAAUUAUUGAUGAAACAAUUAGAUAGAAUCAGCCAGGUAAGCAAAAAUGGGGAAGAGAAAAAAAAAAAGGUAUAGGAAGAGAUCUCGUCUGGCUGUGUCCUUGUCUCUUCAGCUCUGUCUCUCUCUGUCUGCUUAGGCUUAUUGCCACUUCUGUUUUCUCGCUGUAGGUGGCUAGAAAAUGAGUCUCUUCGGCCUUGGAAGCAGAAAUCAGAGGACUUUUCGCCCUAAAAAGAAUGCUCCUUCAGGAAGUAAGGGUGCUCAACUUCAAAAGCAUAUUGAUGUAACCUUGGGUAGUGGGAACUUUAGAGAAGCUGUUAGAUUACCUCCCGGAGAAGAUAUUAAUGAGUGGCUGGCCGUAAACACUGUAGAUUUCUUCAACCAAGUAAAUAUUCUGUAUGGUACCCUAACUGAAUUCUGCACACCAUCGGACUGCCCAUCCAUGACAGCUGGACCAACAUACAAGUAUAGAUGGGCGGAUGGAGUUACGAUUAAGAAUCCAAUAGAGGUGUCUGCUCCUAAAUAUGUUGAGUAUCUGAUGGACUGGAUUGAAGUUCAGCUAGAUGAUGAAUCAAUUUUCCCACAAAAAUUGGGAGCACCCUUUCCUCCAAAUUUUCGCGAUUUUGUUAAGACAAUUUUUAAGAGAUUGUUCCGCGUAUAUGCCCACAUCUAUCACUCACAUUUCCAGAAGAUCGUGAGUUUGAAGGAAGAAGCUCAUCUAAAUACUUGCUUUAAACAUUUUGUCCUCUUUACAUGGGAAUUUCGCUUGAUUGAAAUAGCUCAGCUUGCACCCCUUCAUGACCUUGUAGAGUCGAUUUUGCAGUUAUAGUAUUGGCAGAAAUGUGUUUUUUUUUUUUUAAACUUGAUUGUUUCUUUCUGGGUAACAUUUUUGAAAGGUUCCGUUUGCCCAUGUAAUUUUUUUGUGUUGAAUGAGAUGCCUUCUUUCUAUCAGCAAUCCUUCUCUGUUAAUUUCUAUUUGUUCAUGGUGAAUGAAGCAUUUCAUUUUUAAGGUUUA